UCACAAUCAACUAACAAACAGUUAAGGACUAAUCAACAAUCAAGUUAAACAGUUAACAAAGUUUUUAAAUUGGGUUUAUUUUUGUUGUUGUUAGAAUCGUUUUUUGAAAAAGGAAAUCAACCAAAAUCAACGAAAUAUUAUUGAUUAACUGGACAGAAAUUAGAUUAUCCUAAAUCAUCUUGUUGAUUUUUGUCCAUAAUUAAUUUAAUUUAAUUAAGGAUUGAAGUGUGUUCAAAUGUGAUUGGCAAUGUUGCCUGUGACAAUAUGGAUUUUGACUCUUUUAAUUAUCAACAAUUUAACUUACAUUAACGGAACUAAUCAAAUUGAUCAACAUGGUAAACAUGAUGAUCAAAAUAAUAAUAGGAUACAAUUGUCAUCCAAUGGAUAUAAUAAUUUAGAUAAUGUUAAAUUAAGUGAACCAAGUGAGAAUACCUUUAGGGUCGGACGGCGAUUACAACAGUUCAAUAACGAUGACCUGGGAUUCAAUUUGGCACCGCAGGUCGACUUCCUACGAGACUUUACUCGAGCCAACUUACCGGGAUUCCAGUCUUUCCCGUCUCCGCCUCGUUCUCCUUUACAACCGAACGACGAUGCACCCGAUUACUCUGAUAUUGAAAGUUUCAGGGAAAUUGGUCCGGUCGAUGGUUCGUCUGAAGGAUUCCCUCAAGGUCCCCCGUCAUCAAACUUUCAACCAUCUCCAGUGAAUAAUGGUCAAAAUGUACGUAAUUCAGGUACAUUUCAACGGGUUCGAAUACCACAACCACCACCACGAUCACCAGCCUUGGAUUUACCUUCAAUAGCUUUUGCUAACAACGGUGGACCACCUCAGUCACCUCCAUCAUCGGGUGCUAGCGGGUCACCUUCUUCUGGUCCACGAUUCCAACGGAUUAAUGUUCGUAACAGGCCAGUAGCAUCGGUUCCUAUUCCACCUCCGAUUACAUCAGGUCCACCUGCCACACCGAAUACACCUUUCCGUCGGCUUCCAGUUUUCCGUAAUCCUGAUCAAGAUUCACCCGCUCGACGACCAUCAGUUGUGCUUUCAACUGAAGAUGAUCUUGUUCCCGGUGGGUCACCUGUUCUUGGUCAACCUUUACCACCAGCAUUGGGAACAGAGUUUGCAGUUCCACCGGUGACAAGUGCUCCUCUUCCUCAACCACCUCAAACUCAACCUCCAAGAACUCGGCGAGUUCGUCCAACAACCGGUGGUUCAAGACGAAUUCGACCUGCAAAUGGUAAUAGAAUCCGUUCCCGUGUACCAAGUGAUGUGUCUCCAAUUGUUGCACCAACAGCGGUUAUAGUUCCUCGACCUCCACCAGCUACUCCAGUUCCAAUUGGUACUGAAGUUGCUACUGAUGAUCUUGAACGUAAUCAAGAUACCCGACGAAUCCGUGGUCGACGACCUGUAGCUGGAGUUUCUCCAGUACCACCGCCAAACCGUUCGACAUCAGGAUCAUCACCACUUCGUGUUCGCCCCGUUUCAGGAAAUAAUGUUGAUAAUUUACCAACAGAUGAAGAAGUGAUCAACAAUAACGCUCUUGAUUCAGGAGAUUCCGUUGAAUCGGGUUUCGGCUCUAAAUUGAAAGAUGAUGUUGUUUCAUUUUCCGCCGGUGUACCUUCACCAAAUGGUCCAGUUGUCGUCGAUUACAUGACCACUUUCACCUAUUUAACAACCGUAAUUAGAGGUCCACAUACUCUUUUAACAAGUCGCGAGUCAGUUACUUCAGUUCGAGUCACUCAACCUUACGAUCCAUCGAUCGCCGAAAUCAUAUCAGCAUCAGGUGGAAAUAUAAGGCCAACCAGAACAUCAAAUCUUUUGACCAAAACUCGUGGUCCAACAACGACAAUAGUUAAUGUACAAUCAAACGUUCAUAUUGCUGGUUUUGAAGCAGCUCGAGUUUUACCGACUCGAGGACCAUUGAUAGCACCAAGUCCAUCGUCCGUUCAAGGUGAUUCAUUUUCUCGAACACGAAAACCAGUGAUUGAAAGUUCACCUCGAUUACCCGUUGGUAGACCCAAUGGAUUACCAAUUAAUGUUUUAGCUUCGAUACCAAAGGCACUUCACACACAAUUUACUUACUUUUAUACAAUUCAUGAUGGUGCUUCAACCCGACGAUCAACCCGAUCAGAAGUGACCACAUCUCGCUUGACGGAUCCCUCGGCAUUGGCCACUUUAAGGUUGGACAGUUCCGUUAAUGGUGAUGGUCUGGUUGCUUUAACCGGUGGGUCGUCAACAGUUAAUUUAGGUAAACGAGUUGCUGGUGGGGCAACAACGGAGGUCAAUUUGGCCAUACACACUUUCCUUAAAUUAGACGGAAUAUCAAAUGUCAUCAUUGAACCAACGGCCACUUUAUCGGGAUCAUCUAAUCGUUUCAAUACCGAAAAUGUUAAUCUUAAGCCUACUGAGGUUUUCACCCGUUUACCCGCUUCCAAUGAUUUACCUUCACUUGAUCCAUCAACACCCUUCCUAGAAUCAUCAUUCAGCGCUUCAGGUACAAUUAACGAAGCAGCGGCAACCCCGUCAAUCGAGUUAUCCUCAUCGUCUUUCCUUGGUAAUCGUCAAUCCCGUCGACCAGUUCGUGUCUCAUCAACUGCUGUUAAUCCCGAUUCAUUAAGAUCAAGAGGUGUUGUAACCCCACGACCUGGAAAUCAGCGACUUCGACCACGUCCCAAUUUCAAUAGAGUUCAAAGGCCAAAACUUAGCUCAAGCUUUGAUUCAUCAGAAGCCACUGAAAGUGUCACCAAUUUAGAACCAUCUUCAUCGAUUGAUUUACUUUCAUCUUCUAUCAACAUUGAAACACCAUCACUUGGACCAAUAGGUUCGUCGACUGUACAACCAUUUGAAACUGACCUUGUUUCGGCAAGUGAAGUCCUUUCAUCUGAUUCCGUUAGUCCUUCAAUGAAAAGAGUAGCUGUUACCGUUAGAAGACCAGGUUACACUGGAGAUAGACUUCGAUCUCGACUUAGACGACCAAUAACUCCAACCGAAACAACUGAACCCAAAUUCGUUGUGGUCACUCGAACUGGACCCAUUGGUACUGCUCGACCAAACAAGAAUCGAUUCCGUGUAGCAAGUAGAGUUAUCCGUCCACCCGGUGGGUCAAGUGAUAAUCUUCUAUCAUCAUCUUUACCCUCCGUUAAUCCUGAAGAAGUUGAUUCGUCGAUCGAUUCAACCAUUGAUCCAACACGAUCUUCUGUCCUGGUUACCUACUUUACGACAACAACACACACGAUCCCAUAUGUUGUUUCAGAUUCUGGUUAUGAUCGAACUCAAUUGUCCACUAUUGAGAUAACCAAUUCUCGAAUUGUAACUGAAGCCGUUGCCUCUGCAAGCUAUGGUUCGGUUAAUGCUGAUGGAGGAAAUUUCUUGGCAAGUAGUAAUCUUGAACCUUCGGGACCGGUUACACUUGAACCUACUCUUGUUACUGGUGCUACCGUUUCAAUGAGAGAUGGUCUAGCCUCAGGUGCUGAUUCUGACCUGGAAACCCGAACAGUUUACACAACAUAUACCUACUUUACCACUUAUUAUAAUGGUCCAUCUUCACUGGUCUCAUCAUCGGAACAGGUUGUCUCCAAUGUGGUCACCCAACAACGAACCGCUCCAUUGCCUACCAUUGGUUCAACCUCUGCUGUUAACGGAUUUAAGGUUGAAUCAUCGGUGCCCACACAAGCACCACCACCAGUUCCUGUUACCGUUGUUGAAACAACAGAAAAGAUAGAAACUUCAACAAUCUAUUCAACAUACACUUACUUUGCGACACUUUUUAACGGAUCAAGAUCAGUUAUCACUCCUAUUGAGGAGACUCGAAGUGAAAUAUUGACUCUUCGUGAACCCAUCAAAGUGACCCGAACAAUUUAUCCUUCUCGAACUGCCGAUCCUGGUUCUGUUGGUGAAUCGUUAUUCUCACGAACAUAUUAUACAACUUAUACCAAAUUCUUGACCCAAGGUGAACCUCGAUCGACCAUUGCUAGUGAAGAGGUUGUCUCCAAUGUGGUCACUUUCUCGGUACCCGCAAGUAGCGGUCAAGCAACACCUCCAUUGGCUACAAACAAACAGCAAGAUUAUUCAACAACCGAAACAAUUAAUCAAAUGUCCGCUUAUCCAACAAUCUUGUCCACCAGGUCAACUUAUACCACAUUGACCCACUUUAUUACACUAUUUUCGGGAAGUUCAACAAUUUUAUCAUCCAUUGAGGAGAUUUCACCAACUGUGGUCACUCAAUGGGCUGGAACUUCAACCGAAUCAAUUGAUUCAACUAAAUCACGUUCACCCAAUCAAUUUGGUGCCAAUAUUGUUCGAACUCAGGCUGAUGUUGAAUCACUUAAAUCAUCUCGUGAUCUAAUGACCGCUCUGAUUCCGUCGAUAUCAACACUCCAUGUAACCCACACCUAUUAUACAACUUUCUUUAAUGGACACACAUCGAUUGUCGCCUCACGAACCGAGGCAACAUCUUCACUGGUCACUCUCUAUGUACCAAACUCUUCAUCAAUUAAACCUGGUUCAUCUAAUCCAGUUAUCACAAUGUACAAAUCUAAUUCAGUUGAUUCCGAUUCACCUGAUUCUAUGGUCACUUCUUAUGUGACCCUCUCAUCAGCUACACCCACUGUCCCAUUACCUUCAAUCUCAUUUGGACAUGAGAGUGAAACUGAAAAGCGACAUCACCAUCAACACCAACCAGAAGCACUUGAACCAACCUUAUCGGUUGAUCCUUCGGUACGAUUUGAAUCAACUCGUCCAGGUCAAUUAGAGUCAAGCCUUUUCUCACGAGUUGUUGAAAGUCUUAAAGGAUCUCAAGGAUUAUCGGAAGAUCAAAUUUCUUCAGCCAUUUUAUCGGCUGCCAGUUCAAUCGGUAAAUCGACAACAGUUAUCGGUGGAUCUACUGUUGUCUUUUUCCCUGAUCUUGUUUAUAAACCAUCAGAAACUACUUCCGGCUCGUCAAUUGAACCAACAAUUGUUUCAUCUUCAAUCGGAUCAGCUUCAGCUUCCCCUGGAUCACCAAUUAAACCUGGAACUGUUAUUGAGCUGAGUGAUUUACUCGGCGGUGGAUCAAAUGUUAAUCUUGCUGGAGGUUUGGGUGAUACAAUUAAGGAUAUUGUUAAUUUACUCGCCAAGAAUUCAGGUAAAAAUAAGACAGCCAAUGUACCAGCUACUGAUGAUCGUAUUGAACCCUCGAGAGUUGAACUACCCAAGAGCGGAGUUACGGUCGCUCGCGAUUCUGAGCCAGUUUAUAUUCCUCUUGGAGGUAAAGCUCGACCAAAUGAAACUGAAGAGGAAAGAGUUUACCAACCUGAGUUCGGUGUCGAAGCCGGUGAAGAUGCACCAGGAUCUUCAUCUUCAUCAUCCUCAUCGUCUUCUUCUUCGUCGUCAUCUUCUUCAUCUUCCGGUUCACCAUCAACCGACAAUGAUGAUCUAGGUACUUAUGGCGGUGGAUAUCAACGUAAGAAUGAUGUUUACCGAAAAAAUCAACCCGAACUUGGACUCGAAGGAUCAGUAAGCCCACCAACGGGCUCAUCUUCCGGUAAAACAACACCAGGAUUAACCAGUAAAUUGGGUAAUGAGUUGUCAGGAUCAACGACAAUCUUUUUCACUGGUGGUGACGCAUUAGAAUCGUCGAUAGCUGCACACCCAAGCUCAGGAUCCGUUGAAUCGACUCGAUUUGUGACCUCAGUUGAAAGUAUGACACAAACAUUAACCUUAACCACGACCAAAGUUUAUUACACAAGAGAUUCACCUUUAACCAUAACCUCGGUUUUAACAACCACAAUUCCACCUCGAACUUUUGUUUCAACCAUAAUUGGUUCAAGAACGAUACUUGGAAGUGUCGGUGAACCAACUAAAACUGUCGACAUUGAACCAUCAACAUCAACAGCGGAAGAAUCGACAACAACAAUUACCACAACUACUCUGAUAUUUAAUUCAAUUACAACAACUGUUGUUCGUACACUUGUAAUACCAACACAAGGUAUUCAACCAACUAAACCAGCGACGACACGAAGUCCAGUUACCCAAAGACCAAGUCGUAAACCAUAUACACCCUUCCGUCCACCAGCACGAUCAACACCACCACCGACAAUUUCAAUUCGACCACCAGGAACACGAACUCGAUCACCUUACCUACCCAAACGACCAGUAACUCCUCCACCCUCAGUUUCACCUUUACCAGGUUCUUCCGGUGAAAAGGUUCCAGUAACAACGAUGAAACCAAUGCCAACACCAAAGGUCAUCGAUGAUGACCAAUGUCGACCUUCAUGUAACACUGCCAAUAAAGAGAUUUGCAGAGAAACUGAAGGAAUAUUCAAAUGUGAAUGUCGACCUGGUUUCGCUCGUAAAGAAGGCGAAGACAAAUGCGAAGAAAUGCAAAGUUACGUUGUUUUGGUGAAACUAAUGAAAGUCGGAGAAUCAGCGGUUUCAUAUAAAACUGAAUUAUCUGAUAAUGAGUCCAAUGAAUUCAUAAAAAUUGCCAAACUGACCAAAGACGAAGUGGACAAAGCUUAUCGAAAUACAACAAUUAAGGAAAAUUAUAUCGGCGCUGAUGUUAAUUGUAUCAAUAAAACAACUCUUGGUGAUGAAGGAGUUCUGGUCAACUUGACCAUUCAUUUAUCAUCUAGAGAUGACUUUGAUGAAGGUGUUCUCAAGCAAGAAUUGUCUAAAUCAUUGACGGAAACUGAACUUUUACCAAGCCCAUCGUCAAUCGUUGCCGAUGUCCAUGAAGUAAUGGACUUUGAUGAGUGUACCAAUGAUAAAUAUAACGAUUGUGAUCCAGCCGCUUAUUGUAUUAAUAGGCCAGGUAGUUAUCGGUGUGAAUGUAAAGGCGCUUAUACCGAUAUGGAUCCUAAUCUACCGGGUCGUCAUUGUGCCGCUGAGAUUAAAAAUUGCGAAGCUUGUCAUGGCCGUGGGGACUGUGUUCGAAGUGAAGACGGCGAAAGGACAACAUGUAAAUGUCAAAGAAUGUACCUUGGUGAACGUUGCGAGAUUAAUGGACUUCUUCUUGCCACAUUCUUACCGAUCGCCGCCAUCUUAUCCAUUGUGUGUGUCUGUUGUAUUGUUUAUUGUUGUCGAAAGUACAAAAAGAAAAAUAAUUACCCGAAAGGUUUCAAAAAUAUAGUGGCCUUCGCACCUCCGACCAUCGGUGCCAAUACACUUGAUCGAAAAGCAAUGUUGGAAACAUCGUCCGAAUCAAGUGAACACUUUCGUCAUGCAGCCCAUGAUGGAACCAAUAAUAUGGGCGGUUAUGCCGGAAAUGGUUCCACAAGACGUCACAUGUCACAUGAUAUGAGCUUAGAUAGGAACAUGGGUCCAGUGGGUAAUGGCGGUGGCAGUGGUGGGUCAUUUGUCGCAAUGCCACCACAAGUAACGAUACCUCGAGUCCGUCACUUAAAUCAGUCAACAUGUAAUAGUCAACAAGGAUCACCAACAACAACAGCGACUCGAAUGGAUCCUGAUAGUUUAGAGAGACGUAAAUCUCCACCUGAAUCACCAAUCGAUGAUUCACUUCCACCUAUUAGUUUUAAGCGACAUUAUCGAUCUCAAAUUAGGUCAAGUUCGUCUAAAAAUGACCUAACUCGAAGUGAUUCCCGUUCAGAAUCAAGAUGUUACCAUUUACCAACUGAUUUACCUCAUGAAAAGGAUUUCAUUGAAUGGACACCAAAUAAACGUUAUGGUGAAAUUCAGAAUGAAUCACUUCGAAGUCGAUCUUCGGCCAAUAAAACGCUCAAAAGUUACAGAGGAUUGAGUGAUCUUAGAAUAGGUCAUUUUGAUUGGCAAUGGAAAAUGCUACGAAAUGGACACGGGUCAUAUUCACCUAACGAAAAUGUUACUCGUAGUAAAAAGAAAACUUGUUCCGAAGAUGGACCUUCGUUUGACCAAUCGCUUGGCGAUUCACCUUCGUCGACAAGUAGCCAAAGAUUUCCUGAAUCUCGAGAAAUGAUAAUCGAUGAUCAUAAGGCCGAAAAAGAGGAAAUGGUCAACGGAUACUCUUCCGCUUGGACUGGAGGCCCAGCUCAAUAUCAUUUGGCCGACGAUUUAAUUUCACUCGAACGUCGAAGUCAAGUUUCCAAUUGGGGUCGAUUACCUUUCUAUGACAAUUAGAGCCUUUUAAUUGUUAUUCUGAUUCCAAUUCCAAUUCUGAUUAACCAUUGAAUUCAUAAUGAUUUCAGGAUAAUUGAAUUUUCGGUUAAAAAUUAAUCGAUGAUUUAAUUUCGUUCAACAAUUAAUAAUUUUCUUUCCAUUUUUUGUUACAAUCAAAUUCAUUUUUCCCUCCGAACUUUUUUUGUUUCUCCUUAUUUCUAAUUAACUAGAAAUUAAUUUGUUUAAUUAAUUGUUCCCUUUAAUCACCUUUGUAUAUAAAAUUAUCCUCACAACAAUUAAUAAUAUGAUUAUCGCUCCUUGUGGAAACAUGAUAAUCUCAAGUAAUUAACGACAAUUAUUAAAAAGAUGACAUUGUUUUCAAUCAAUUCUCAACUAAUAA